GACGACGUCCACAUAUCUCUCUCGGCAAAGCGAAGUGCGUAAGAGACGUCCGGCGGUCUUGCCUCGCGCAGAAGGGGCGGGAUAGAGCCGAUGCCGAGGUUUUUGAUUGGUAUAGCGGCGUCUAUGCGUUCGCUCGCGCUUCUGCCCUCCAGGCGCCCUGCCCCGCCCCCGCUACGACGACGGCAACAGCUUUUCCCUGACUCCCCCAAGAUGGCGCCGCGCAGGGCUUAACGGCUUGGCGUAUUUCGGACGUUGUCUCUGUCAGUGCGCUGCCUCUCAACAAGCAAGUAAGAUAAUAUAGAAGAGAUAGGAUUAAGGUGGCAAAAAUCUCAAGAACUCAGAAAUAAGAUGCUAGUGAAUAGAAAUGUCUGGAAACAUGCUGUUAUCUGAGUGCAAACAUGUUGUGAUUUUGGGAUAAGAGCUGCCUCCUGAUCAUCCCUCCCCCACCGUUGGCAGGUUCUUUAUGAAAAACACCCCCUCGAAAGCUGUCAAGCAGGAACUAUUCUACAUCAAUAAAUGAAGGAGAAUAAAGAAAACUCCAGCCCUUCUGUAGCUCUGGCAAACCUAGACCACACAAAACCAUGUUGGUACUGGGAUAAGAAAGACUUGGCUCAUACACCAUCACAAUUAGAAGGACUCGAUCCAGCUACUGAGGCAAGAUACCGCAGGGAAGGUGCCCGAUUUAUAUUUGAUGUGGGAACCCGUUUGGGAUUACAUUAUGAUACGCUGGCAACUGGAAUAAUUUAUUUUCAUCGAUUUUAUAUGUUCCAUUCCUUCAAACAGUUUCCAAGAUAUGUGACUGGAGCUUGCUGUCUUUUCUUAGCAGGCAAAGUUGAAGAAACGCCAAAAAAAUGUAAAGACAUCAUCAAAACAGCUCGUAGUUUAUUAAAUGAUGUGCAGUUUGGACAAUUUGGAGAUGAUCCAAAGCAAAGAAAUAACCCACUGCACAGGGGAAGCAGUGAAACUGGCCACACAGAGUGCAGCCAUAUGCAUACAGAAGAAGUUAUGGUUUUAGAGAGGAUCUUACUGCAGACGAUAAAAUUUGAUUUACAAGUGGAGCACCCUUAUCAGUUCCUGCUUAAAUAUGCCAAACAGCUCAAAGGUGAUAAGAACAAAAUUCAAAAAUUGGUUCAAAUGGCAUGGACAUUUGUAAAUGAUAGUCUAUGCACCACACUGUCACUGCAGUGGGAACCUGAGAUUAUAGCAGUUGCAGUUAUGUAUCUGGCGGGCCGCUUGUGCAAGUUUGAGAUUCAGGAGUGGACAUCAAAACCAAUGUACAGAAGGUGGUGGGAACAAUUUGUGCAAGAUGUACCUGUUGAUGUCUUGGAAGACAUCUGUCAUCAGAUCCUGGAUCUGUACUCCCAGGGGAAGCAACAAAUGCCUCAUCAUACCCCACAUCAGCUACAGCAGCCUCCUUCCCUCCAGUCAACGCCUCCAGUGCCUCCAGCCCAGCAGUCCCAGCAGUCUCAAGGUUCAGAGCAGUCACAAGCACAGCAGCAAAAAGAAGCCCAGCAGGCAGGGCAGGGGCAGCAGCAGCAGCAGCAGCAGCCUCCUCCACCGCCACAGACUCAACAAAAAAAGCAGUCUCCUCAGUCCAGUCCUCCCAGGCAGACAAAACGGCCCGCGGCUGUAUCUCCAAAGGAAGAAACAAAAACUGCAGAAGCACCUCCUUCUAAAAUUGCUAAAAUUGAGACUUCUCAUCCACCAGUACCCCCUGUGCAUCCACCACCUGAACAUAAGCCUCCUCUGACAACUGCAGUUUCCAUGGGAGGUGAUCAGACUACUACCGUAGAUUCCGUUGAUAUGGCAAAAGUCCAGAUUGCUCCUCCAUCUCAUCCAGCUCCUGUUCAUCAGCCACCACCUCUGCCUCACCGUCCACCACCUCCACCUCCACCAUCUAGUUACAUAACUGGCAUGUCCACCACUAAUUCUUACAUGUCAGGAGAGGGAUAUCAGAGUCUUCAAUCAAUGAUGAAGACAGAAGCUCCCACCUAUGGUGCUCUACCACCGACGUACGGACCUCCAGCUCACCUGCCUUAUCACCCCCAUGUGUAUCCUCCCAACCCUCCUCCACCUGUUCCUCCUCCUCCUACUUCAUUCCCCCCACCCACUAUUCCUCCUCCUACCCCAGGCUACCCACCACCACCUACGUACAAUCCUAAUUUCCCCCCACCUCGGUUACCUCCCUCUCACGCUGUUCCACCACACCCACCUCCAGGACUGGGAAUGCCACCAGCAAGCUAUCCCCCUCCUACAGUGCCCCCUGGUGGACAGCCACCAGUACCACCUCCAAUACCCCCACCUGGCAUGCCACCUGUUGCAGGACUUGGGCGUGCUACCUGGAUGAGAUAGCAGAUGUACAUAAAAUAUUAUUUUAACUCUGGGGAGUGGGUUAACAGGACAGUUGAGCAGCAUCCAGGUCUUAAAACCAAAUUGGGGUGUAAGCUGUAUAAUGUAGAGACUGAUAUAGUAUGAAAAUCUAGAAGGCAAGUGACAGAAUCUUUGCUGGUCUGCUUACAGUUUUAGUAGACAGCAAUAGAGGCUUUUUGUUCUAAUAUUGCAAAGCUAAUUAAAAUCCAAGUAUCCAAGUUAACUCUAGCACUGGAUUACUUUGCACUAGUAAAAAUGUUUUAAAAGCCAUAUUGGCUCAGUUAUAAUGGUAAGAAGAAAAUUUCCUUCUAGAAAUCAGUGCCUACUUUUUGAGUAUCAAGAUUAAGGUUGUCAUUUCAUCAGAGAGAGAAACCGUUCUGGUUUUCAUUAGGUAAUGUUCCAGCAACACCAUGUUCCUAAAUAUCAGAGCAAAUUUUAUUUAAAAUUUAGAUCACAUUUAAAACUCAUAGCUAUUCAACACCUCUUGAUGUUUACCUUUCUGUCAUUUUUGUUUUGGAAUGUACUGGGAUCUUGAGCUGUAAUGUAUGUCUAUCUAAUGUGCAAAUUUCUGUACAUAAAUAUAUUUUCUAAAUGUGAAAGUCUGAAUGUAGUAGCAUACUGUGCUUUACAUCUUGGUUAAAAAAGAAAAAAAAAUGUUGAUAUGAUAUGUACCCAAAUAAAGCUGGUUCUGAAAUUCA